GCGGCGGGCAGGGGGCGGCCCCGGUGAUGGCGGAAGCGGAGGCCAAGAUGAAGCAGUUCAAUGGCGGCGGCGGCGCGGUGCUGGACGCGGAGCGCGGCCGCUUCCCCUACUGCGUGGUGUGGACCCCCAUCCCCGUCCUGACGUGGCUUUUCCCUAUCAUUGGCCACAUGGGCAUCUGCACCUCCACCGGCGUCAUCCGGGACUUCGCGGGGCCCUACUUUGUCUCGGAAGACAACAUGGCAUUUGGGAAGCCAGUGAAGUACUGGAAGCUGGACCCCAGCAAGGUGUAUUCCACUGGAGCCAACGCCUGGGACACGGCCGUGCACGAUGCCUCAGAGGAGUACAAGCACCGCAUGCACAACCUUUGCUGUGAUAACUGCCAUUCUCACGUGGCUCUGGCCUUAAACUUGAUGAGAUAUGAUAACAGCAGCUCCUGGAACAUGGUGAAGCUCUGCUUCUUCUCACUUCUGUACGGGAAGUAUGUGAGCAUAGGGGGGUUUGUGAAGACCUGGCUGCCCUUUGUGCUCUUCUUGGGGGUGAUUGUGACCGUGGUUCUGACCCUGCAGUUGCGGUGAUGGCGGCUGCGAACUCCCCGCUCCGUGGGCACAGGAAGGAUGAGACUGGGACUGACCCCAUGAGAUGGGGGCACAGGGGCCCUGGGCAGGAUGGCAGCUCCACUCCAAUGUAACAGCUCAUCUUUUGUUUCCUGGAACUGGCUUCUCUUUUCCUUCUGUUUUUCAUCAGUUGAUGGUGUCUUCCCAAGCUCAGGGGUGCUGACACCUCCCGGUGUCUCCCCGAAUGUACCCCCUGUUCUGCAGGUUGGGAGGCAGGAAAAGAGAACUGUGGGAGGCAGGAAAAGAGAACUGUGGGCACCUUUGCUUCCAGUGCCAAAUAAAAAGCUGCAAGGCAAGGCCAGCCUGGCUCAGGAGCACAGGCAGAGGCACCUGUGAGGUUCCCUCUGCUCACCCCGGUGUGUUCCUCUUGGCAGACUCCAGCAGGCGCCUCCUCAUACUCCCUGAGUCUCCAAGAAGGAAUCAUCAUCAUCAUUGUUUCCCUCUUGCCCAGCUCUGCUGUAGCAUGUGGUUCAGAGUGAGUGGAGGUUGUGGGGAGCUGAUGCACAACAGUCCCCUGAGGAGGGAACUGCAGCUGCUCUGCGGAGGCAGCAGAACCUGGCGCCUGCUCUGGGCACUGCUCACAGCAACCUGGAUGCUUCCUGGAGCCUGUGGCAAAGUUGGGAGUCUACUGCCAAGUCCCUUUUAGCUUGUGCCAGAGAAAAAUACAGCUUCCUUGCUUCAGCCUGUGC